GUAAAAUGGUCAACGUGCCAAAAGCCAGAAGAACCUUCUGUGACGGCAAGUGCCGCAAGCACACCAACCACAAGGUUACCCAAUACAAGAAGGGAAAGGAAUCCAAGUUCGCUCAAGGACGUCGUCGUUACGACAGAAAACAAUCUGGAUUCGGAGGACAAACCAAGCCAAUCUUCAGAAAGAAGGCCAAGACCACCAAGAAAAUCGUCUUGAGAAUGGAGUGCACCGAGUGCAAGCACAAGAAGCAACUCCCAAUCAAGAGAUGCAAACACUUCGAGCUCGGAGGACAGAAGAAGUCCCGCGGACAAGUCAUCCAGUUCUAAGCUGUUAACUUUGUUGUUGUAUUCCAAAAAUAAACGUUUUUGGUUUUUCCUGUGAUUAUAAAGAACCAUGUUGUU